AUCUAAUCUACGUCAGCUCUUUGUGUACAAUAUGCAUAUCUAAACCUACUGAAAGCGAAACAACAAAGUACUUUUCAAUGUUUGGGAGAGCUGGCCGCGACAGAACUCUCAACUUGAGCGAGGACUCUGAGAAUGAGAGCACCGAGCAAUCUCGCAAUCCGUCGCCAAUCCAAGAGAUCAGCUCUCGAUUAUCGAACGACAAGCCUCUGCUUUUGCUAGGAAGCUUGAUGGAUACAGGAAAUAUACUACCAACUUUGGUGCUGACUAGUUUGAUUUGCGGAUCUAUGGCUGUUUACUUGCGCUUCUUGCGACGCUAUAAGACUGCCGUCGACGUACCGACUCGACUAUAUCAGACCCACGGGACGAUUCAUGGCCGCAUAGUUAGUGUCGGGGACGCGGAUAAUUUUCGAGUCUUCCACACACCAGGCGGUAUUCUAGCAGGCUGGGGGUGGGCACGAAAGGUUCCAUUUGAGCACCUAUGGAAACACAACAGAUCAGGUCUAUCGACUUUUUUCAUGCCAGCUCACACAACACCAAGCCUCCCCACCACUCCAGCUACGAGAGCACGGAAGUCGCAAAAGAAGAACUCUUCGAUAUGGAAGAUACUAUUUGGUGACGAUACUAUCAAGCGACCACGCCAAACUCCUCAUCGACCAAAACUCUCAGCCGAAACGAUCCACAUCCGUCUUUGCGGGAUCGACGCACCAGAAUCCGCUUCUUUCGGCCACCCUGCCCAGCCGUUCAGUAAAGAAGCAAAGCAGUGGCUCACCAACUUUGUCAUCGGAAAGACAGCCACUGUUCGGCUAGACUCACUCGAUCAAUAUCACCGUGCAGUGGGAAAAGUUACAGUAUGGUCAGGACUUUGGCGGAAAGAUGUAUCGGCAGAGAUGCUGAAAGCCGGGUGGGCGUUGGUCUACGAAAGCAACACGAAUGCUAGUUUCGGAUCGACGCGUGAGCAAUACGAUAAGCUUGAGAAGCAGGCCCGAAAAAAGCGGGUAGGCAUGUGGAAAAGCUCAAAGGUGUUAGAGACCCCAAGCGAGUAUAAGCACCGCAUGAAAGCUGGCGGAUAGUUAUCAUUCUGUAUAAAGUAAAUAAA